UGCUGCUGCUAGUGCCUUCGUCUUCCCACUUCCCACCCUUCUCUCAAAAUUCACAAAUCUUUCCCUCUCCCUUCGUAUGCCCAUGCUAUUGUAUGGUGCAAAAUGUUAGGCAAUAUUAAAAAUGUGUUUUUUCUCUUACUACGAGAUAAAAAUAUAUUGCUUAAAAGAAACAACUUACCACAAAUAGCAUUUAAUAUUAGAAAUAAACAAAGCAUGGUAUCUUCUAAAGAUGCAGAAUGCAGAAUAUCAGAAAUUGAUAGCGACAACAUCACCAAGCAACCUCUUAAAUAUUCUACUUCAAAGGCUGCCACUAUGAGAAUAAACGAGUAUCGAGACCCAUAUGGAGAUGAAGUACCAUGGUAUCAACCAUAUAGUAUAAUAUUCAGCUUCUCUAUUUUUCUAAUAUAUUUCUGUAUCUUAAGAGAAGAAAAUGACAUUGAUUUAAUGCUUAGCAAUGAGUUGGGAGAUACACUAAAACAAUUUGAUAACAGAUUAGCAGAAAAAAAAGCUAAAUCAUAAUAGGAUAUUUUUAUUUAAAUGUAUUACCUUGAGUUGUUUUAAGAAAUAUUAUUGUUCUUGUUAUGUAAUAAAAUAUAGUUAUUUGUUCUUCAUGUAAUAAAAUCUAUUUUUUUCCAUAACAUA